AUGGCCCAGAGCUUGGUUUAUGCUGACCUGAGGUUUGCCAAGGUGAUGGGGGGCCGGAGCAUGGCCAACCAGGCACUGGAGGCAGCCCUUGGCAUGGAUGAGGCAGAGAGCCCCUACGAGAACACACAGCCAGAACUGGCGGGAGAGGAUGGGGACGGGGCCCAGCCCAGCCCAGGGCACUGGACCCGAUGGUGGUGCAUCCCUGUGGGGCUGAUGGCAACUUGUCUGCUGCUGCUGGUGGCCACCGUGGCGGAUUGUUGCCCUUCGGGCUGGCUGCUGUACAGGGGCAAGUGCCUCUUCAUCUCAUCAGAGAAGAAAACAUGGGAGAACAGCAGAGAAGAGUGUGAGAGGAAGUAUUCUCAGCUCCUGGUCACCAAAUCCUGGAGUCGCUGGACUGUGCCGGCCUUUCUGAAGAAUGCAGACACCCCAUACUGGAUUGGGCUGCAGAAGAACAGCUUCCCCUGGUAUGCAUAUGACUGGCUGGAGGAAGGAUACCCAGAUGGCGACGGGGUCCCUGAUGCCUGGUUCUGGGUGGAUGGCUCCCUUUACGAAAGGCCGUGGCAGUGGAAGUCGAACGGGUCCUGUGCCAUAAUAAGCCGUGGGAACAUCAAACCUGCCCUGUGCGCUGGUCCCGAAGACCUGCACCUCUGGAUCUGCGAGAAGGCGGCCGGGCCAAGCUCCCCGUCCCCGCUGUGA